AUGGAAGUAGAGGCUAUUUAUAUUUCUGAAAAGAAUUAUCUUUCAUGGGUACUCGAUGUUGAGAUUCACUUGGCUGCUAAAGGUCUUGAUGCCACUAUUACUCAGGGAAAUAAAAAAGCAUCGAGUCAAGAUAAGGCGAAGGCUAUGAUUUUCCUUCAUCAUCAUCUUGAUGAGGGCCUGAAGAUUGAAUAUCUGAUGGUAAAAGAUCCACUUGAAUUGUGGACUGAUUUAAAGGGGAGAUAUGACCACCUAAAGGCAACAGUGUUGCCAAGAGCUCGUUAUGAUUGGAUGCAUUUACGGUUUCAAGAUUUUAACACCCAACAUAAUGCUCUUUUAAUGAAAAAUCAUAAAGCUCGUCCCACUGGAGCUGCUCCAUUACCGGAGGCAAAUAUGCUGGGAGCACGUGAUCAAUCUGAAAAAGGAAAUAAAAGUGGUGCUUCCUCUUCCAAUGCUCGAGCUGAGUCACAUAUGACUCUUAAAGAUGAUAAUAAGCCAGAAACAUCUCAGAAAUAUGAUAAGGAUGUUGAAGCAAAUUUGGCUUUAAAGGAUGAUGUUUUUGAUGGCCUUGGUGACAUUACUCAUAUGGAAGUUGAUGACUUCUUUGGAGAUCGAAACUGA